GAGAGCGCAGUUUGUUUCAGUUCGGGCUUCCAGACAUGGCUGCUCUCAGUAAAAUACCACACAACUGCUACGAGAUCGGUCAUACCUGGGACCCAUCGUGUGUACAGUCUGCUGUGGAUAUAACCAGGGGAGCUCUUGAAGUCUCCUUUAAAAUUUACGCGCCUCUUUACCUGAUAGCAGCAGUUCUACGGAGAAGGAAGAAAGAUUACUAUUUAAAAAAACUUCUACCUGAGAUCCUUUGGUCUACCUCUUUCCUAACUACUAAUGGAGGUCUCUACAUUGUUUUCUUCUGCAUUCUCAGGAAACUCUUGGGAGGGUUCUACUCCUGGUCAUCUGGCUUUGGUGCAGCACUGCCUGCCUCCUAUAUUGCCAUCCUCCUGGAGCGCAAGAGCAGGAGAGGGCUGCUGACAAUAUACAUGGCAAAUCUUGCCAGUGAGACUUUGUUCCGCAUGGCAGUGACACGUGGUAUUGUCAAACCCAUCAAACAUGGUGAGGUACUCUUGUUCUGCAUUACUGCAUCACUCUUCAUGUUCCUCUUCAGGACUAAAGAAGGUCUGAAAGGCUUUGGAUUUUCUGCAUUGAAAUUCAUCAUUGGGAAAGAAGAGAUUCCAAGUCAUUCUACUCUGGCAGAACCUGCCAGAACAAGGCUCCUUGAGAGGGCAGCUGCUGUAGAGGCCGAACAUUCACAGGCAUCAGCAGAAAGGCAAAGCUCCAGGAGGAAAACUCUGAUAGCCUACACUAGGGAGCUGCUAGAAUCAAUAUGCAGACAGGGUCCAAGACACAGAUGCUGCAAACAUUAUCAAGAUAACUGCAUUUCAUACUGUGUCAAAGGUUUUGUCAGGAUGUUCAGUGUUGGCUAUCUUAUCCAGUGUUGUCUUAAAGUGCCCUCAGCAUUCAGGCAGAUAUUCUCCAAACCUUCACGCCUCCCCUCCGUCUUCUACAACAAGGAGAACUUCCAGCUUGGGGCCUUUCUGGGCUCUUUUGUCAGCAUCUAUAAGGGAACAAGCUGCUUGUUGCGCUGGGUGCGUAACAUUGAUGAUGAACUCCAUGCUCUCAUAGCUGGUUUCCUGGCUGGUAUCUCAAUGUUCUUCUACAAAAGCACAUCAAUAACCAUGUAUCUGUUCUCUAAGCUGGUGGAGACCAUGUACUUCAAGGGCAUUGAGGCUGGCCGGUUUCCUUAUUUUCCUCAUGCAGACACGAUCAUUUAUGCCAUCUCCACUGCCAUCUGUUUCCAAGCUGCGGUGAUGGAAGUGCAGAACCUCCGGCCUUCAUACUGGAAGUUUCUGCUGCGUUUAACUAAGGGCAGAUUUGCUCUGAUGAACCGAGAGUUGCUCGAUGUUUUUGGGACUCAGGCAUCAAGGGACUUUAAAGGUUUUGUGCCCAAACUGGAUCCCCGUUACAUCACAGCUCCCAGCCGAAGUGUGCUUCCACCUGGGGGUGACAUCCAGCUUGGAUGAAAUGGGACUGGGCUCUUAGAGGGGACAUGAAGGGUUACCUCAAAAGAAAAUGGACAGCCUGGCCGUUGGUUCAGAGCAGCUUAACUGUUUUCUAAAAGCUGCUUAGAAAUUAUGAGCUUGUGUUAUGAGAUGGGAUAUGCUUUGGAUCACACAAAAGCCUAAGGUUUGUCCAAAGCAAGUUUUUAAUGGGAAGCUGCACACGUGCACUAACUGGCAAAGACUGCACAUUUACAAGUAUCUCAUUUAAAAGAAAAAGAAAGAAAGAAAGAAAAAAAACAUAAUUUAAUUUAAAGCAUAUUAUGUUGAAAAUUACAAAUAUUCGAAAGAUGAGGUUCAGAAAUCUGGAAAAAACUCAAUUUUCAGCACCUUUAGCAACUUUUUUUUUUUAAUGAAUCAGCAUACAUUACAUCCACAUUCCUUUUCAUCUUUUAAUCGUCUUCUAAUUUUGCAAGUUUGAUGUGAUUGAACCCAUUUUUGUUUGCAUGGUUGAGUUAAAAUCAGUGGGUGAAGCAACAGAUUGUAAAUAAAAGAUGGAGUAAUUCA